GCCUGAAAUAAUGUCUUUAGGCUGUCAAGGCAAAAGACAGAUCGUGUAAUGGCUAUGUAAAGUGCUGUACAAAGCCACUCUUGAUAAAAUUUCGCAGCGAUGAUUUCCGGAAAUAAGCAGAAUUAUGACUUAUCCUGACCUUACGUUUGCUUAUGUUUUAGCGCGUUAUUUUUAGCGAGUUUAAAUACGUCCAAAUCUUCCUGUUUCUUCCGGUGCUUUUAAAAGUGGGGACACAACUUUUAAAACGUGCAGAAUAUCUUAAUAAGCCGCUUAGACGCUUCUCAAGAACCAGACUCUUCAAUAAAUUUAACCUGGGUCCCGUUUCCCGAAACCCCCGGAAACUUUUUUGGUCCGCAAAGCCUAACCCUAAAAACAGAGAGGUUUAUGCGCCCGAAACUUCUUGUAUGAAGGGAACCUCUAUUCAUAUGAAGAAUUUGUGAAUAAAAUGGCAAUGUAAUCAUAAGAUUUAAGAUUUUGCUAUGGCUUUCCGGGUGCGAAAACUUUACGGCAUUUGAGAAACGGGCACCUGGUCGCAGAGGCUUUCUCUUUCCUAUUUCUCUUAAAAGGAAAAGAAGGGAUUCCUAACAGACCAAGGUACAUCUAUUCAUUUGAGGAAAAAAAUAUUAAAAAAAGCAGAACAAAAAUUCAGUUGUUUGAAUCUUUAUUCCAGUAUUGUAUCGAUCUGCUGACUGCUGAGUGGAUGAAAUUAUUGUAACCUCCACAUUGAAUAGCAACCUCCCCACUGAAAACUCAAUUUUGUUGAACAUUUCAAUUAUCCGUGCACACCGUAGGUGUGUUAUUUGUUUAGCGAUUUCAAAUACGUCAAGAUAUAUCUAUUUCACCCUCUGCUUUGAAUCGGGUGAGAACAGAUGUUUAAGAGGAUUUCCGCUGAACUUUCGAGCAAUAAAGACAAAAAUAAAGUUAUUAAAAAUCACAAAGGAUGGUAAUAUUUUGAAUACAGAUUUUAGCUCUCAAGCUGACCCCACGAGAGAAAACUAAAAUUUGAAAUUAUCCACAUUUGAAUUAAAACAGACCCUUGACGUCAGUUCAAAACAAAAUAACCCAAAAUUUAUGCAGUUUUUACGAGGUUUGACAUUACGUUUCUCGAAAAUGCUUGACAAUUUAAUCAUGGGGUCACUAAAAGAAAUGAAUAACAGCGAGAUUUUUCAAAUAGUAUUCGAAAAGUUACCUGCUGAGACUAAAUUUAAGGUAAAUAAUUUUUUGCACCUAUUGCUCGAACUUUCAACGGAGCGGAGUCCGAGCUAUAAUACUUUUCAUUCUUUUUGUCAGAUUUUUUGCAAAUAACGUUCUGAAAUGAACUGUCAUCUAUUUCACUAAUCUCAUGUAAAUAUCUUUCAUGUCAAAGUAUUUUCUAAGAUAUUGUUGCCUUCAAUCACACCUGUCGUUGCACCUACGCUUGAUAAAUCUUCGACAGACUCACAUCUUCUGUUAAAAGUAUCUACUUUUAUGUACAAGUAGUGGACAGUGUCAACAGUCGUCGAGAAAAGACAGCUUGGUUGUGUACGAAUUUAAAUCUUAUGGUCUCCUUCCACUUUGCGAUGUUAGCAAUCGUCUCGCGCUCUGUAUCUGUUGCAGCCUGUGUGGUCAACGCAGUCAGUUCGCUUGUGGCCGUGGUUGGUAAUGCUCUCAUUUUGGUAGCAAUCUACAAGAAUCCAUCCCUUCGCACUCCUUCUUACAUUCUCCUUGCUGGACUGGCGCUCACUGACUUCUUCACAGGCCUCCUACUUCUACCAGUCUCUGUUGUGUUUACCGUAUUGGUUGAAUUUAUGAAGAAGGGGUCGCCAAGCUUGUGCCUUAUUAUGGUCAUUUUCCAACAUGGGAUUGGUAGCUAUUUAGGUUUUACCGCAAUCUUUGUGAUCACAGUCAUGUCUGUUGAGAGAUGGUUACUCAUCAGCCGCAGGUCUACUGCAAUCACCACGCACCGUAUUUUCAAAGCGUAUGUGGUCAUCUGUCUGCUACCGACGCCUUUCAUUACGUCCCGUUUGGCUCGGUCUUUGGAUGGUUGUGUCCACAACAAAUUGGAUGGUGCAGAGGGGAUCGUGGUUUUCGUCUGUCUCCUAAUAACAUCAGUGUUCUAUUUUAAAGUUCUCCAGAUUAUUCGUCGUCACCAACUCCAAAUUCAAGCGACCCAACCAAAUCAAGGCUUUGGCCAGGCAGCAAUCGACAUUGCAAAGUACAAUAAAUCGGUGAUAAUGCUACUUUACAUCUUAGCAUUGUUUUCUGUUUGUUACCUUCCCUCUGCAAUCUUCCUUCAAGUGACGUUAUUUUAUCAAGAUUUUCAGUACACUACAGAAGUAAUCAUCCUGACAAACAUUUUAUCCACCUUGUAUUAUCUAUCUUCUGCUCUUAAUCCUCUUCUCUAUUGUUGGAGAACAAGGGAUUUACGAGUUAGGGUUAGACAACUAUUAAUGAGAAUAUUCCAACAGAAUGUUUGAAACAGUUACAUAUCGCCGAAAAGACGUAUUGAUGGAGGUCCGUUAAGGACGGCGCAUGCAAAAUGUAUGUAAGGUAAAUAUGUAAUUUGUUUACCCACGGAGCACCAAGGAGCCCACAAGAACUCGUUCAUAAAUGCCAGUGCAUUCCAGAAUCAAAUUUGAAUUUGUAAAUGUUGGUUUUUGAGGAGAGGGGAAAAUCGGAGUACCCGGAAAAAAAACCUCUCGGAGCAGAGUAGAUAACCAACAACAAACUCAACUCACAUAUGACGCCGGGUCCGGGAAUCGAACCCGGAACACAUUGGUGGGAAGCAAGCGCUCUCGCCAAUGCCUCUGCUCCCUUUAAAGGGGAGCAGGGAUGGCACAUAUUGAAGAAA